AUGGACCAGCCAAUUCUCGCUCCUACACCAUCGCAUCAUGAUGUCAGUCCUUUUUGGAAUGUCCUCCGCCGGUGCUUGUCAAAAAGGCUCAAUGCAGAUGAUGUCGCGUUCCUCGAGUUAUUUUCUCGCAUUCUCAUUGGCCGCGACAAUUGCCCAGAUGAGAUCUCAAGAGCGCUAGAAAAAGGUAUCGAACUCGAAUGGGAGGAUGUCUACGAUUUUGUGAAUCCUUUCGGCGACAAAAGAGGUCGGGCUUUUAAUAGUCUUUGGAAAUUCGACCUCGAUAAGGAUGUUCUCUUUCUCACGAAGCAGGAUCGGCUUUGCUCUGCACCUCUGCGCCUGGCAAGAGAGAGAAUAUUUACUUUGGACGACUUUGAGAUACUGAAAUCCCAAACUGAAACAAUCGCAGAGGAGGGACUUGUACCACGACUGUACUGGGACCUUCAACCCAAAGUUGAUGAUCGAAUAAAGGCAUUUCUUGGCCGGAUUCUCCGCGACUUUGGCCAUACGUGGCGCCACGUUCUACGAGCAGAAAUGAACAAAACCACUUUUACGAAGCUGGCAUACGCUAUUAUCUGGAUUCUAAAUCUGGACUUCACCAUAGUGGAACGUAUGGGAUUCGAGCACGUUGGUGGCCGCGGCGGGCCAUAUGUUGGAGUGGCAGACUUGCCACGAUGGGAUGCUCCAGAUGAAACGAUCGUGCGAGUUGAGCAUGUUGAAACCCGUGCGACGAUGACUGGUACUGCGACGUACACAAUAUUGACUCUCAGACAAAUAACCUGCUGCAAGGUUUACGAUGGCGAACUGGUAUACACACGACCCGAGCCAAUAUUCAGCGACACUCCCCCCUCUUAUUCCGCUAUCGAUCUGCUUCUCUGGGCAUCAGACUUUCAUCAAGCAGAACCUCAGCCUCGUCGGCUCAAUUACCUUCCCAUUGAGAUCCAGGACAGGAUCCUUCGUCAGGCUUCAAUGAGCAGUGUUGCAGCAGCGAAAUUGAGUGUCGAGCUUGCUCUAGGGUCGCCAUUUUCGUGGGCUGAACAAGGCAGGAAGAUCAAACGGUACUAA